AACACAAAUGUGACGAAAAUGUUGUCAUACGUUGCACCGCCCACGCAAUAUGGCGCCUCCUGACUGGUCGGUAACCCUCAUUGCAACUGCAUCAUUUUGCAGUGUGUUAUGUUUAUGUCUUCGUUUUAGGCGCACAGGACGUACCAUUUGGAAAAGCUUUUUUGGUAAAAUAAUGGCACGCACAGAGAAACCCCUGUUUCGGAUCGCGUAUACAUUGUACACAAGAACCAAACUUGGUUACAUGUACUACAAGAGGCAGAUGAGGAAGGCACGCGAGCAGUACCCCACUGGACAUUCCAGAGCACAGCCCAUGGAAUUAAACGGUAUUAAAAUCCUGCCCAUUUCAGUACUGUCUGAUAACUACAGCUACCUUGUCAUUGACAUGGCCUCGAGCGUUGCAGUGGUGGUCGACCCUGCGGACCCACAGACGGUUCAGGCUGUCCUUGAGGAAGAAGGGGUGAUGUUAGAAGCGAUCCUCUGCACACAUAAACACUGGGACCACAGUGGGGGUAACAAAGGACUUAAAAAACUGUACAGCUCAUGUCGUGUUUAUGGAAAUGCAACUGAUAACAUUCCUGGCCUCACACACCCACUGACAGACAAAGACUCCAUAGACGUGGGCCGUAUGCACUUCAAGGCACUGUUCACACCUGGACACACAGUGGGUCAUAUGAUCUACCUCCUGGAUGGUCGUACCAUAGGAGCCCCCUCCAGCCUGUUCUCAGGUGACCUGGUGUUCCUCUCUGGAUGCGGGAGGAUGUUUGAAGGCAGUGCCUUAACAAUGCUGUCAUCACUAGACACGGUCGGCUCCUUAAGUGAUGAAACCCUCUUAUGGCCUGGCCAUGAGUAUGCAGAGGAUAACCUGAUGUUUGCUGCUGAGGUGGAGCCCCACAACGCUGCCAGGGAAAACAAAUAUCAGUGGGUCCUACAACAGAGAGGUCAAAAGCUGUGUACGAGUCCCUCCACCAUUGGAGAGGAAAAGGAGUACAACCCAUUCCUGCGCAUCCACUCCUCUGAGCUGCACCAGGCUUUGGGCCUCCAGCAGGACCAGGAUGAGGACUGGACACUGUUCCGGGCUCGGGUCUUGGAGGAGCUGCGAAGGCGCAAGGAUAUUUACAAGGGCAGAUAGCGAUGAGAAUAAAUGUCAACAAAAUGCCUUAAGGUGAAUUAAGCCAAUAGGGAACUCUAUAUUGAUGUAAUGUGAGGUUCAAAACAAAUACAGGCAGAUGUUUUUUUUUUUUUAAGAAUGCCAUGUUCCAUUCCAUUCCAUGUUGGUUGUUCUUUACCUUCCAGCUCUAAUAUUGCAGGUGACAAAUAUGAAACCUACUGCUUGAAAUAUGCACACAGAAAAGUUUUUAGUUCAGGACACUAGUUGUAGUAUCUCACUGUAAAGUUGAUCUUGUGUGUGUGUGAUUCUAAAAGUUGACAUGGUCAACAAAUGUAUUACUGUAAUGCAGCAGUCUUUUCAAACAAUUGUACCAUUUCUGGUACUCAAACUAGACUCAGUGUCUAAAAGACUUGUUUGCACGUUCAUGAUAUUUGUUGUCAGAUUUCAUUAAUAUUGAGCUAUAAAGAUCAAGGUAUAGGUACUGUUAGUUAGCUGCUAUUAUAGGUUUGUUUUUUAUUUGACACGUGGUGUAAUGGGGGUAAACAGAUUUAAUAUUAGAAAACCUGCAUUACAUUUUUUACGGUUAAAUGACAAACUUCAGGCAGGUACAUGCGUGUAAACUCACUUUUACUGGACCAUAUUGAUACCACUUCAGUCAAUGGGCACAUGUUUCUAUCUUGUAUUUUGGCUGAAUUCAUACUGUAUCUCCACAUUGUAUAUGCUGUGAUAAAAUUAUUAAGAAUAGUUGCCAUUAUGAUUUUUUUUCAAAUGACUGUAGAUUAAGUUAUUAUUGUUAUGUGCAGAAAUGAAUUAAAGAAACCCUCUAGUUUAUAAUAAUUACAAUAUUCUUUAUAGGUGACUGCUGACUUCUGAAAAGUUAAAUAUUUUUUUAUAACUACUUUUCUUGGACAUGUUACUUAACAAGUUAGAUAUCCUUUAUAUUGCAUUGAAGGAGACAAUUACAAGUCAUCAUCAAUAAUAAGUUUGAUAUUUGGUAGAAGAUUGAGAGUACUGGUUAUUUGAUGAAAAUGAAUUGGAUUUUAUUGCAAUAAAGAUUUUCAAAUCAAA